CUGGCAGCUAUGUGCCCCGGUGUAUCCUGGUGGACCUGGAGCCGGGAACCAUGGAUUCCGUGAGGUCUGGCCCCUUCGGCAAGCUCUUCAAGCCGGACAACUUCGUGUUCGGCCAGUCCGGGGCUGGCAACAACUGGGCCAAGGGCCACUACACGGAGGGUGCCGAGUUGGUCGACAGCGUCCUGGACGUCGUCCGCAAGGAGGCGGAGGGCUGUGACUGCCUGCAGGGCUUCCAGCUGACACACUCGCUGGGCGGCGGCACCGGCUCCGGCAUGGGCACCCUCCUCAUUUCCAAGAUCCGGGAGGAGUACCCGGACCGGAUCAUGAACACAUACUCUGUGAUGCCCUCCCCCAAGGUCUCUGACACCGUCGUCGAGCCUUACAAUGCCACCCUCUCCGUCCAUCAACUCGUGGAAAAUACUGACGAAACCUUCUGCAUCGACAACGAGGCUCUGUACGACAUUUGCUUCCGGACCCUGAAGCUGGGCAACCCCACCUACGGCGAUCUCAACCAUCUCGUCUCCCUCACCAUGUCUGGCGUGACCACGUGCCUGCGGUUCCCUGGCCAGCUGAACGCUGACCUCAGGAAGCUGGCCGUUAACAUGGUGCCCUUCCCCCGUCUUCAUUUCUUUAUGCCUGGCUUCGCCCCCCUGACGGCGCGCGGCGCUCAGCAGUACCAGGCUCUCUCCGUGCCGGAGCUGACUCAGCAGAUGUUCGACGCCAAGAACAUGAUGGCCGCCUGCGACCCGCGCCACGGGCGCUACCUCACCGUGGCUGCCGUCUUCAGAGGCAGAAUGUCCAUGAAGGAGGUGGACGAGCAGAUGUUGAACGUGCAGAACAAGAACAGCAGCUACUUCGUCGAAUGGAUUCCCAAUAACGUUAAGACGGCUGUGUGUGACAUUCCGCCCCGUGGCCUCAAGAUGUCUGCGACGUUCAUCGGCAACAGCACAGCCAUCCAGGAUAUCUUCAAGCGCGUCUCGGAGCAGUUCACUGCCAUGUUCCGGCGCAAGGCUUUCCUCCACUGGUACACGGGCGAGGGCAUGGAUGAGAUGGAGUUCACGGAGGCGGAGAGCAACAUGAACGACCUGGUGUCCGAGUACCAGCAGUACCAGGAGGCCACUGCGGAAGAUGAGGGAGAGUUCGAAGAUGAUGAGGAGCAGGUGGACGCCGAGUAGACUCGUCACCCGCUCGGCAGCGGAACACACGCUUGCGACAGGACCGCGCCCGUCUUCUAUUCGGCAUCUUCCAGCGCAUCUCAGUUCGUGCAUGCGGUGCGGCCAGUCCGCCUUUAUGUUUACAUUCCGUUUUGGCGUGAUGUAAAAUUGCAAUGCACCGCUACAAACACGGGAGUUUGAGGAUGGUAACUUUGCUUUCGGCAUCGCUCACGAUGCACUUGAGCGUUCUCAAUGGCUUCGAGCCCCGUAACACGAUCUACAUAUUCCGCACCCUCCAUUGCCGAUGACGUGAACCAAAAGCAGGAGGUGACCGUGAUAUCGCUGUCGUAGGUCUGGCAGUUCUGUGAAUUUGCACCCGGAGUCGUAUCCUGCUGGUGUCUUGAUUGCUUAAGUGGUCUUGAUGGAUACGUUAUGAGACAGCCAUGCAUAAAGAUACAUAUAUUUUUUACGUCACGUUGUUGAAGUGCGGGAACAUGUCUGAAUAAGCUUCUAUGGUUUGCUUUGGUAGAAAUCAAAAGCUUUAAAGCUGCAUGUCCAUGGAACUGAAAGUUCACGUAAUAAAUGCCUUUCUAACAAUAUA